AUGUCUGAUCCUAUAAACGCCAACCCUACGGUCAUCGACGUGGCUAACUUGCCUACUCGUCUAGAAACUGGCCAGAAGAAACACGAUCCAGGCCAGGAGCUUGUGGAAAAGAUCAUUUCGCUCUCUCUCAGAGUGUCUUACGAUGUGAAUGCUGCUUCUGACGAAGAAGCCCCUGGUUUGGUUUCUGACUCGGGUGAAUCUGUCGAUGAUGAACUCGACGAGGAGGACGAAGACCCUAUUGAUGCCCAGGAGAUUUUUGAUCUUAUUGCUACCAUUUCUGACCCUGAACAUCCCUUGACUUUGGCACAGUUGGCAGUGGUGAACCUACCGGAUAUUACUGUCACUCAUGGUGCUACCAAAAACGACCUUUCUGAGGUCCUCAUCAAAAUCACACCCACCAUCACACACUGCUCUUUGGCAACGUUGAUCGGGCUCGGCAUCAGAGUCCGUUUGGAAAGAUGUCUUCCUCCUAGAUUCAGAAUCAGGAUUUUGAUCAAGGAAGGAACUCAUCAGUCUGAAAAUCAGGUCAACAAACAGCUUAACGACAAGGAGCGUGUUGCUGCUGCCUGCGAGAAUGACCAGCUUCUUAGUGUCAUUUCUCAAAUGCUUUCCACUUGUAAGUAG